UAACCACAAAACUGGCCCCGUUUUCCCUUUGACGAGAAGAUUGAUUUAUCAGGAAACUUCAGCAAGAGAAAACAAGCGGCCGCUCGAGCUGAUCGAUUAAUCAGAUUCAGAUUAGCCUCCUUAUCGAAACAUACCACGUGUGUUUCGUCACUUCAAUAUGUUUGAUGUUUAAUGUAUGAUAACAGCAGCAGCGUCGCUUACAGCUGCUUUUCUUUUCACGUGUCACUGAGUUUUGUCCUGGAGUCGUUAUUUCACGGCCGCUUCAACAAUGCCAGCUGAGUUUGUGUUGUUUUAACGAGCCACGCAGUACGUUAUCGUCAACGCUCGCUGCACGUGCUCGGUCAAUACUAUCAGAGCGCACGAGACCGCCCAGGUUAACUGAGGACUGAGGCACACGGCGGCCGGAUGGAGUUUGAGGAGUCCGGUAUCGGGGAGGAGUGCGGCGUGUUCGGGUGUGUGGCGGCCGGAGAGUGGCCCACACAGCUGGAGGUGGCUCAGGUCUUGACCCUGGGGCUGGUGGCGUUACAGCACAGGGGUCAGGAAAGUGCCGGGAUUGUCACAAGUAAUGGAGCCAGUCCGCCUACAUACACAACCCACAAGGGAAUGGGAUUAGUGAGCACAGCUUUCCCACCCGAGGCUCUUCUGAAACUGCGCUAUGGUAACCUCGGCAUUUGUCACACACGCUAUUCAACUACUGGGAUUUCAGAGCUUCAGAACUGCCAGCCCUUUGUUGUGGAUACACUGCAUGGCAGGAUUGCCGUGGCACACAAUGGGGAGCUUGUUAAUGCUCAUGCCCUGCGGAAAAAGGUCAUGCGUCACGGUGUGGGCCUCUCCACCAGCUCAGACAGCGAGCUCAUCACCCAACUGCUGGCACUGACUCCACCUAUGGAGGAGCAGGAUGCACCAGAUUGGGUUGCCAGAAUCAAGAAUCUGAUGACCGAGACCCCAACAUCCUACUCACUGUUGGUGAUGUUUAAAGAUGUUAUCUAUGCUGUGCGCGACCCGUACGGAAAUCGCCCCCUCUGCAUCGGACGGCUUGUUCCCAUCUCUAAACUGCACAGUUCAGCUGAAGAGGAGGACACCGAGGGUUGGGUUGUGUCAUCAGAGUCCUGCAGCUUUCAGUCCAUCGGUGCCAAGUAUUACAGAGAGGUGUUACCAGGAGAGAUAGUCCAGAUAUCCAAGCACGGAGUCAAGUCUCUGAGUGUUGUCCCUCGCCCUGAGGGAGACCUCCCUGCCUUCUGCAUAUUUGAAUAUGUUUACUUCGCCAGACCAGACUCCAUUUUUGAAGGGCAGAUGGUCUACACUGUCAGGCAGCGCUGUGGUCGGCAGUUAGCCAUCGAGGCGCCAACAGAAGCAGACGUGGUCAGCACUGUGCCAGAGUCUGCGACCCCUGCUGCCCUGGGCUACGCUCAGCAGUCUGGGCUGCCAUAUAUAGAGGUUCUGUGUAAGAACCGCUACGUUGGGAGAACAUUUAUUCAGCCAAACACCCGCUUGAGGCAGCUGGGAGUUGCCAAGAAGUUUGGGGCUUUGACGGACAACUUUGCUGGGAAAAGAGUGGUGCUGAUUGAUGACUCCAUCGUCAGAGGCAACACCAUCUCCCCCAUUAUAAAACUGCUGAAGGAAGCUGGUGCAACUGAGGUCCAUAUCAGGGUUGCCUCUCCACCGAUCAGAUACCCGUGCUACAUGGGGAUCAAUAUUCCAACCAAGGAGGAACUCAUCGCUAACAAGCCCGAGUUUCAAGACAUUGCUGGAUACAUUGGUGCUGCCAGUGUUCAGUAUCUGACCGUGGAGGGCCUGGUAUCAGCCGUUCAGGAGGGCAUCGCCUCCUUCCAGAAGGACGAGGUGAUCAGCUCCAGUAACAAGUCCAGUAAGAGAGUGGGCCACUGCACUGCCUGUCUGACUGGGAAAUAUCCAGUGGAGCUGGAGUGGUAACGCCAUGACCAACCAUUGUUACAGCAGCAGAAGCAGCAGCACUGUGGGCUCACUGCAAGCUCCCACAGCUGAUAAACACGGAAAAAAAUUCUCUGUAGACUGGAAAAGAAGUGGUUGGGCAUUUCAAUACUGCUGUCUGGGACACCAAGAGAUGUGUUGAAUACACAGCAUCUGCUUUCUGUACAAAGAAUUAUUAUCCUGCUUAGAUUCUGUCACUUAAAGGGUUUGGAGUUUUGGAAGUAGGUUUGUGUGGGGUACUUAUCCAUAGUCAGUGUAUUACCUACAGCAAAUGAUACUUUUUUUUGGAUACAAUUUUACCUCACUGAACAUGGGAGUUGCUGGUCUGCCACUGCUUCAAUUGGUCAUUUAUUUGUGUUAUUGUGAGACUGAAGUGCAUCCAAACUGACCCUUUAAAACCCCAGUCACACAAUAGCACAAACAAACGAACUAAUUGAGGUAGCAGUAGAUCAGCAACUCAAGUUCAGCAAGGUAAAAUGGCCGUUUCUGUCAAUGGAACCUGGCUUUGAAAAAGAGCAGACAAGUUUUGCCCAGCCACAGCAGUACUUUCCGUGGGCUACUCUUGUCUGCUUCUCCAAACUAGAGGCGCGCUGAUCAACAUCUACUGUACGUAAUACACUGAUUAUUGAUAAGUACCUCAUUCAGCCCCACUUCAAAAAAUCUGAACUAUCGCUCUAAGCUAAAAAUGUCACUGUUAAAGUCCUCCAGUAGUUAGUCUCACUUUGCAGCAGUGAUGUGGUCAGUUAUUUCCUGAUGUCACAAAGGUGUGAUUCCAAGUGCAUGUCUUACUGCACAGUGCUGAUGCUUUUUGUUUUUUUAAACGUUACCAUGUAAAUGUAUUUUGAGGAGUCUUUAAAUAAGAUUCACGUUUUCACAUUCCUAGCCUUAAAACGGGAGCAUUAGGUAGAGUUUGCCAAGUCAGAAAAGCGCACAAGGCUUGUGACCAAAAAGUUAAAAUGUCUUAUUUUCCUGUCAUGUUUACUUUUCUAUCUUUAUCUAAAAUUAACCAUGAUGCUGUUUUGUUUUGGGUCUGCCUGCUGGAUAUUUUGUUUUCUAGACUUUCAACUGUACAUGAAUAUAAUGGAAAAUAAAUAAUAAAGUUACUGCAAUGGUAA